UGAGGUCGCCCAUCUCUUUGCUUGAAAUCCCCCAAAGAUCGUAUUUUUUCAAGCCCGGAGCCUAAACCCGGCCCAGCCCAGCCCGAUUAAUUCAUGACGGCACAACAACGGUAAUUCACGCUUUUCCCGAUCGCCUCCAAACCCCCCACUUGGCCACCGCCUGCCUUCGACAGGGUUCACUUUCAGUUUUUCUCUGACUAAAUUUAAUGAAGGACAAGUGUUAUAAAUUGGGAAUGAUGAUGGCUAACAAGGACUUGGACAAGAAUUUAUGAUUUUUAUUUAGUUCUAGUAAAGUUUACUGCCAUAUCAAACAAACUUGCAAUGGUGUGUUUCAGAUUUCUAUAACCCAAAGCCAGUGAAUUUUAUUGUAAAAGAGCCAUCUGCUGGUUUCUACUUUUACACAUCAUUUUGAAGGAUCACUUGCAAACGAAUGGAGUCAGCAGAGGUGAUGGGUGCCCAGAAUGAUAAAGUUCGGGUAAAGAGGAAAACCUUGGAAGCAGUACUGCAACAAUGCCAUUGGGCCCUCCAGCAGCUUGCCUCUGGAUGUGAUGAUGACGAUAACAGUGAUGAUAAUGUUGAUGGUGAACAAGAGGUUCCCCAAGACUCUGCGGAAACAUCUGCUCCCACCAAUUAUGAUACCGACACAACUGAGUUAUAUAGCCUCUUAAAAUCCGGAGUUGAAUGUGCUGAUUUCAUCAAGAAACUAGAAAAUGCCAAGGCAUCUCUUCCAGGAAACAUGGCUGAGGAACACAGUUCCUGGGACAUGGUCAGUGAAAAUGACCUCUGGGAUGGUGAAAAUGUUGAUUUGGACUCAGAAGACUAUGUUGUAGUCGGCCAAGAAGAUAUAAUGGAUGGUAUAGCAUCAUUCAUGGCUGCAUACCUGUUAUCCCUUAAGCAAACUAAGGAUUUGUCACCCAACCAACUCCAAGCAGCUUUGAGCAAGACCUUCUCAUUAAAGAAGAAGAAGAAGGGUAAGCUUCGGAAGGCAUGGGAUGGAAGCAAAGUGAUCUAUAAUGUAGCAUCAUGGGGAGCUACAGCCAUUGGAAUUUAUCAAAACCCAGCCCUCUUUAGGGUUGCCUCCACCGCAUUCUGGACUUCAUGCCAUGUUAUCUCAAAGCUCUUCUGAGCUGCAUCAGGGACUCGCUCGUAUGAUAUGAUGAUUGCAUUCGACUAUUGCAUCGAGGCCAAAUUGUGUGCAGUUUGCUACUUGUGUGACCUGUUCGUGCCACACGGCUUUCUAAUCUUGUAAAUAUGUAUACGAUGUACAUGUUUCUUCAGCUAGUUGAAAUUGUUUAAUUGGGUUUAA